AUGACCCCUUCGGUGAGAAUUCCGCUUCCGGUGAUCCAUCCGACGGCUUCUACGCCGCUUGGAUCAGUGUGGACAUUGACGCCUUUGCCGACGCCGCAGCUAGUGACGAGGUGCGUACGGCCCACUUUGGGCCCCGAGUGGGCAAUAUUCACGACGGUGGCUCGGAUGUCCGUCAAGAAAACGCAGGAGCAGGAAACUCAUGGCGUGGAUUCUGCCUCUUCUGUGAGGGGUGUAGACGGGACAACGCUGCGCCCUCUUACGGCUGAGGAGCUGCACUCACGCGAGCUUCGGGCACGAAGGAGAAGACUUGAAAAAAAAAAUAUGCGACGUAUUAAGACUAUGUGGUGA